UUUAAAACUCCCGUAGUCCGCCCCUUUAUGUUUGAAUAGAGCUCUGGACCGUUUCACUUCUCUCUCUCUCUCUCUCUCUCCCCCCCUCUUUGUUCUGCACUGUGUGUGCAGAUCUCUUUUCAAAUUUUGCAUUUCUUCGUUUCGAUCUUCAAAUGUGCUCUGUUUCGAUCGUAUCGUCGACUUUCUCUCUCUGUGGAAUCUCUGUAAUUCGCUCUUCCAAGCUCAGUUCGCCUGUGGGUUUUCUGUGCAACAAGGUGGGUCCUACCAUUUCAUAGGGUGAUUAUAAUGAUUUGGAGUGCAAAUACAGAAGAGAAUUGUCGAGUAGGAAUUGGGGUAUGCAGCUUGACCUGUCUGUUGAUAAACUAUGGAAGGUGACAGAACAAAUUCUACUCCCUCAGAAGGGCUCGGUGACAGUAUUCAGAAAGUUAGAGCUCUCCAUGGGAGGACUAGUGGGCCUACAAGGCGUUCUACAAAAGGACAAUGGACACCUGAAGAGGAUGAAAUCUUGCAGAGGGCAGUUCAGCGUUUUAAAGGAAAGAAUUGGAAAAAAAUAGCGGAGUGUUUCAAGGAUCGGACUGAUGUGCAAUGCCUACAUAGGUGGCAGAAAGUCUUGAAUCCAGAGCUGGUCAAAGGUCCAUGGUCUAAAGAGGAGGAUGAAAUUAUUAUUGAAUUGGUGAAAAAAUACGGGCCAAAAAAGUGGUCCACCAUUGCACAACAUUUACCUGGACGUAUUGGUAAGCAAUGCCGGGAAAGGUGGCAUAAUCAUCUUAAUCCUGGCAUAAACAAAGAGGCAUGGACACAGGACGAGGAGCUGGCUCUGAUUCGUGCACAUCAAAUGUAUGGGAACAAAUGGGCAGAGCUAACGAAGUUCUUGCCUGGAAGGACAGACAAUGCUAUAAAAAAUCACUGGAACAGCUCUGUGAAGAAGAAGUUGGAUUCUUACUUGAAAUCGGGUUUACUUACACAGUUUCAAGGACUGCCUCAUGUUGGACAUCAAAACCAAUCCAUUUUGUCAUCUUCUUCAAGAAUGCAGAGCAGUGGAGAUGAUAGUGGUGCCAAAGCUGCAGAAGGAGAAGAAAUUUCAGAAUGCAGUCAAGAUUCUACUGUUGCUGGUUGCUUUCUCUCGGCAACGGAAAUGACCAAUGUGGUACCACAUCCUAGAGAGGAAUUUCAGAUAAAUGAAGUAUCCCGUUUAGGAAAUGACCCAAGCUGCAGUCCAGCGUCUUGUUCAGAACCAUAUUACCCAUCUAUAGGAGAUGCCACUUUUUCCAUCCCAGAAAUACCUCCUGAAAUGGUUUGCUCCAAAUUCAUAGAGCAAAAUUUUUCACAUGAGGCUGGAGCUUCAAUGAGUGGGAAUUUCCAGUUUAAUCUGCAUGAGUUACCUAUCAAUUCCUCACUAGAAUGUGGCCAGGAAUCAUCAAGGAUGCAUACUCAUUGUGUGGGUUGUAAUGAGAGCCAUGAAGGGGUGAACGCUCCAUUUCAAACUUCUACUUCCAUGGGGAAUAUGGCCGUGGGUUUUGUUAAAUCAGAGCACAUGUUGAUAUCUGACGAUGAAUGUUGCAGGGUAUUAUUUUCAGAUGCAAUGAAUGGUGGAUGUUUUUCCUCUGGAGAUUUUACAAAUGGUGCAAACAUGGUUGAUUUGGGUGCUUGCACAGAUUCAGUACUUCUACAACCAUCAAACCUCCAGAUAUCUGAAACUGGGAGAACUUCAGCUUCACAAGUAUAUCAUCCUUUGAGUUCUGAUGUAACUGGAACUUCGUGCUCUCAAGUAGUUUCUGCUCAUGAAGGUCCGCUUAUAUAUGCUGGAGAACCUAGUCAUUUAUUCAGGGUUCAAGAGCAAGAGUUUGUCACAAAUUCAAAUGACGGGUUUAUCUAUACCAAUGACUCUGCCAGCAAUGAUACAGGAAUGCAAGAGCAAUCAGAUCUGGUUAAGGAUCCUUCAAAAUUAGUACCUGUAAAUACAUUUGAUUCAGGAUUGGAUUCGCAAAAUUGUCCUGUGGAUGUGAGGUCAGAUGAGCAGACAGAACAGCAGGAUGGCGGAGCUCUAUGUUAUGAACCUCCUCGCUUUCCAAGCUUGGAUAUUCCAUUUUUUAGUUGUGAUCUUGUACAAUCUGGUAAUGACAUGCAGCAAGAAUACAGUCCACUCGGCAUUCGUCAGCUGAUGAUGUCUUCCAUGAAUUGCCUUACUCCAUAUAGGUUAUGGGAUUCACCAUCUCGUGAGAGUAGCCCUGAUGCUGUGCUGAAAAGUGCUGCUAAAACUUUUACAGGAACGCCGUCUAUUUUGAAGAAACGACACCGAGAUUUGUUGUCUCCAUUGUCGCCAUUGUCAGAUAGAAGAAUUGAUAAAAGGCUUGGGACUGACCUGACCUCCUCCUUGGCCAGAGAUUUUUCACGUCUUGAUGUUAUGUUUGAAGAUAGUGAGGAAAAAACAACUUUACUCUCUCCAUCUUCUAAUAAGAAUAGGAAUUCUGAUUCCCCCAGUGAAGAUAAAGAGAACAAAGGUACAUGUGAAAGCAGAAUAGAAAAAGGAACUGACAGCGCUGCAUUAUCAGAUGAUGGAAUUGCACAUAAAGAUUUUGAUAACGGUGAAUCCCAGGAAAAGACAAAGCAGUUCCAAGGAAUUGCUGAUAUUGAUGCUAAGAAUAAGGUUGAUGUUGUCCCCACUUCACAAAUUGCGCAACAGACCUCUGGAGUUCUUGUUGAACAUAACGCAAAUGAUCUGCUAUUGUGUUCUCCUGUUGGUUGUAAAGCUGAAAAAGCUUUGGGCACAAGUACUAGAACUCCUAGAAGUCAGUUUCGUAAAAGCUUUGAAGCUACAAACCCAGGAGUCCCUUCUAAAUCUUUUUCUGCAAGACAAUGCGCAUCGGUUAAAUCCCCUACUAUAUGUGUGAAAAAGCAUGAAAGUUACUCACUUGUAGAUACAUGUGUACAAUCUGAUUCUUUGUCAGUUCACCCAGAAACAACUGGUGAUAAUGCUGGGAAUGAUAUCAGUAUUGAAAACAUAUUUGGUGACACUCCGUUCAAAAGAAGUAUAGAAUCUCCUUCAGCAUGGAAAUCCCCUUGGUUUAUCAACUCCUUUGUACCUGGCCCAAGGGUUGAUACUGAAAUUUCAAUUGAGGAUAUUGGGUUUUUUAUGAGCCCUGGGGAUAGAAGCUAUGAUGCAAUUGGGUUGAUGAAGCAGAUAAGUGAGCAGACUGCUGCUGCCUAUGCCAAUGCCCAGGAAGUUCUGGGAAAUGAAACCCCUGAAACAUUAUUCAGGGAAAGACGUAAAAACCAAGCCUUGGUGGACCCUGAGAACAAUCAUGGCCCACCUAAUCAGCCUGGGAGCAGUUCCCUUUCGGCUGCAAAUGUUUUGGUGGAGCGUCGCACCCUUGACUUUAGUGAGUGUGGGACACCUGGCAAGGGAACAGAAAAUGCCAAGUCUUCUAAUGCUAAAACCUUUUCAAGUCCGUCUAGUUAUUUGUUGAAGGGAUGCAGAUAAAAAAAGCUUCUUGUAAGAAAAGAUUGUAACCAUAAUAUCCGUUGUCCUAUAUAUAUUUUUUUUUCCAGAGUUGCCUUA